AUGGCGCAAGAAUCUACGCUGGCGGCUGCGUCUGCGGUCCUCCAAAGUAUUGGUCUGAACGCCAAUAUUCCUCACCCCGUUCACGGUGGCCAUGGUCUCAAACUUCCCGGCGCAGAUACUCCGGCCAAAGUCGCCCUCGAGAAUGAGAUUGCAGCAUUGGUCGCACGAGUCCAGAACCUGGAAGCCAAAGCAAGCACAAUCAGUAACCACGCUCUCCCCGAUACUCCAAACGAAACUGGUGCUCCGUCAGCCUUUGCAGACGUUCUCACUGGCAGUCAGAGCCGGAAUUCGUCGAAAAGUAACUCGAUUAGGAAUCACUCCUACUCUUCUUCACUCCCUCGAGAUUCCUCGUCUGGCGAGCGACCGCAAAAGCUACCAAAAUUGAGCAACGACGAACUCAUCGAGACGUUACAGCAAGAGAUAGUCGAUCAGGCUGAGCAGAUCAAGAACGGCAAGUUAAAACAGUCUGCUAUCGAAGCCAAGAUGGAGGAACAAGCACAGCAUCAGCAGCACCUGAUCAAUCAGUUUGAGGCCAAGCGCGUUGCGACUCUUGAGCGAGAGCUUAAGAAGCAUCAACAAGCCAAUGAGGCUUUCCAGAAGGCCCUUCGGGAAAUUGGAGAGAUUAUUACUGCUGUGGCUCGAGGUGAUUUGAGUAAAAAGGUUCAGAUUCACUCUGUGGAGAUGGACCCUGAAAUUACCACUUUCAAGAGAGUUAUCAACACCAUGAUGGACCAGCUACAAAUAUUCUCCAGCGAAGUCUCUCGAGUCGCCAGAGAGGUGGGUACUGAAGGUAUUCUUGGAGGCCAGGCACAAAUUUCAGGGGUUGAUGGUACCUGGAAAGAAUUGACAGACAAUGUCAACGUCAUGGCACAAAACCUCACAGAUCAAGUCAGAGAAAUCGCCUCGGUUACCACAGCUGUCGCUCAUGGAGAUCUCACCCAAAAGAUCGAAAGACCUGCUCAAGGAGAAAUCCUGCAGCUUCAGCAGACGAUUAAUACCAUGGUGGAUCAGCUCCGAACUUUUGCCGCUGAAGUUACUCGAGUAGCAAGAGAUGUCGGUACCGAAGGUAUUCUUGGCGGACAAGCAGAAAUCGAAGGAGUGAAGGGAAUGUGGAAUACUUUGACUGUCAACGUCAAUGCUAUGGCCAAUAACCUUACCACACAAGUCAGAGACAUUGCAAUGGUCACUACUGCUGUCGCCAAGGGAGAUCUCACACAGAAGGUGAAGGCUGAAUGCAAGGGCGAAAUUAUGCAGCUCAAGGAGACUAUCAACUCCAUGGUGGAUCAACUCCAGCAAUUUGCUCGCGAAGUUACGAAGAUCGCCAGAGAAGUCGGUACAGAGGGUAAACUUGGUGGUCAAGCCACUGUUCAUGAUGUCGAAGGAACUUGGCGAGACUUGACUGAGAAUGUCAACGGCAUGGCCAUGAAUCUGACAACUCAAGUGCGAGAAAUUGCAAAAGUCACGACGGCUGUAGCAAAGGGUGAUCUAACCAAGAAGAUUGGAGUCGAAGUGCAGGGUGAAAUCGCUUCCUUGAAAGAUACCAUCAACACUAUGGUUGACCGUCUCGGCACAUUUGCCUUCGAAGUCAGCAAAGUCGCCCGCGAGGUCGGCACAGACGGUACACUUGGUGGUCAAGCUCAGGUUGACAACGUAGAAGGAAAGUGGAAAGACUUGACAGAGAAUGUGAACACCAUGGCAAGCAAUUUGACUUCUCAAGUCAGAGGAAUAUCUACCGUUACGCAAGCUAUUGCAAAUGGUGAUAUGAGCCAGAAGAUCGAGGUAGAAGCUGCAGGAGAGAUUUUGGUCUUGAAAGAGACCAUCAACAACAUGGUCGACCGAUUGAGUAUCUUCUCGAACGAAGUUCAGCGAGUAGCCAAGGAUGUGGGUGUUGACGGUAAGAUGGGUGGUCAAGCUGAUGUUGCUGGCAUUGGAGGACGAUGGAAGGAGAUCACGACUGAUGUCAACACCAUGGCCAUGAACUUGACGGCUCAAGUGCGAGCCUUUGGCGACAUCACUAACGCCGCAACUGAUGGCGACUUUACUAAGCUGAUCACGGUCGAGGCAUCUGGAGAAAUGGACGAACUGAAGCGCAAGAUCAACCAGAUGGUUUUCAACUUGAGAGACUCCAUUCAGAGAAAUACUGCUGCCAGAGAAGCAGCAGAAUUUGCGAACAGGACAAAGUCCGAAUUCUUGGCCAACAUGUCUCACGAGAUCAGAACUCCUAUGAAUGGUAUUAUCGGAAUGACUCAGCUCACUCUCGACACUGAUCUCACUCAAUACCAGCGUGAGAUGCUGAAUAUCGUCCAUAAUCUGGCAAACAGUCUACUGACAAUUAUCGACGACAUCCUUGAUUUGUCAAAGAUCGAAGCCAACCGCAUGGUGAUGGAAGAAAUUCCAUACACGCUGCGUGGCACGGUCUUCAACGCUUUGAAGACUUUAGCGGUAAAGGCAAAUGAGAAGUUCUUGGACCUUACGUACCGUGUUGACAGCUCGGUCCCCGAUCAUGUUGUCGGAGAUUCGUUCCGUCUCCGUCAAGUUAUCCUUAACUUGGUCGGUAAUGCUAUUAAGUUUACCGAGCAUGGUGAGGUCUCUUUGACUAUCCGCAAGGCUGAACAAGACCAAUGUGCUCCGAAUGAGUAUGCAAUCGAAUUUUCGGUCUCCGACACGGGUAUUGGUAUUCAAGCGGACAAGCUUGAUCUGAUCUUCGACACUUUCCAACAAGCUGAUGGUUCCAUGACCAGAAAGUUUGGUGGUACUGGUCUUGGUCUAUCGAUUUCCAAGAGAUUGGUGAACUUGAUGCGUGGUGAUGUUUGGGUCAAGAGUCAGUACGGCAAGGGUAGCACGUUCUUCUUCACUUGCACGGUUCGACUGGCAACUUCUGAUAUCAGCUUCAUCGAGAAGCAGCUCAAGCCAUAUCAAGCUCACAAUGUUCUUUUCAUCGACAAAGGACAGACUGGCCAUGGCAAGGAGAUUGUUGCGAUGCUGAGACAAAUUGGGCUUAUGCCUGUUGUCGUCGAUUCCGAACGAAAUAUCAACUUGUCUGGCGGUGGCUCGAAGAUUGCGUCUACAUUCGAUGUUAUCAUCGUCGACUCGAUCGAGACAGCCCGACGAAUGCGAUCUAUCGAUGAGUUCAAGUACAUCCCGAUUGUUCUCCUCGCUCCAGUUGUUCAUGUUAGUCUCAAGUCAGCUCUUGACCUGGGUAUCACUUCAUACAUGACGACUCCAUGCCUGACUAUCGAUCUUGGUAAUGGAAUGAUCCCAGCAUUAGAAAACCGAGCUGCACCAUCAUUAGCUGACAACACGAAGUCAUUUGACAUCCUGCUCGCUGAAGACAACAUUGUCAACCAACGUCUGGCUGUUAAGAUCUUGGAGAAGUAUCAUCACGUUGUCACUGUUGUUGGCAACGGACAAGAAGCUCUUGAUGCAAUCAAGGAGAAGAGAUAUGAUGUUAUUCUCAUGGACGUCCAAAUGCCAAUCAUGGGAGGAUUCGAAGCUACGGCAAAGAUUCGAGAGUACGAGCGCAGCUUGGGAACUCAACGAACUCCAAUUAUCGCCUUGACAGCACAUGCUAUGCUUGGUGAUAGGGAGAGAUGUAUUCAAGCCCAGAUGGACGAGUAUCUGUCGAAGCCCUUGAAGCAGAAUCAUCUGAUCCAAACCAUUCUGAAGUGUGCCACCCUGGGCGGUGCACUUUUGGAGAAGGGCCGUGACGUUCGUACUUCAGCGAAAGACGAGGCACCGAAGGCUGCUACUCCAAAUGGUACUCCUAGUCCUGGCAUUGCUCCAGGUAGUUCUUUGCUUCGUCCACCUCUCGAACCACGGGCGCUAACGACGACUGGUCCAAUCAGCCACGGCAGCCUAGAGAGUCCUGCAAUUGUCACUGCUGAUCAAGAGGAUCCUCUUGCAAGACUUCUCAUGCGCGCACAUAGCGGCUAA